UGAGUGUAGUAUGACAAAGUACAGGGUAGAUCAUUAUUAUAAAAACAAACAUGAAGGGAGGUGUAUGAUAAAACAGAAUGGUGAUGAAACCAAUGCCAUUAUGAUGCCUAACAAAAGUCCCAUCCUCGUAGAUACCGUCCUUCCACCCAACUCUAGUACCUCACUCUCGUUUGUCCUCUUAUGUAACCACUUCAACAAUACCAACUCUUAUACAUAAAAGCAUCACAUCUUCCACAUAAACUCAUUUUUAUAUAGUGAAAGAGCAAACAUGUCUGUCUCAAGUUUUGUAGCUCCAACUACUGGAUCAACUUAUCUUGCUUUAAAAUCAAACCUUUUUUCUGCAGCUAAGGAUACAAUCACUUGGAGUCCCAAAAACACUCUCUCCAAUCGCUCUAAAAUUUACUGCAUGAAGACUUGGAAUCCGAUCGAUAAUAAGAAGUUUGAGACACUGUCAUAUCUGCCACCUCAAUCAGAGUCGUCCAUUGCAAAGGAGGUUGAUUACAUGAUCAAAAAGGGUUGGAUUCCUUGCCUUGAAUUUGACCAGGUGGGAUAUGUACAUAGGGAAAAUAGCAGCAUGCCAGGAUACUAUGAUGGGAGGUACUGGACACUCUGGAAGUUGCCCAUGUUUGGCUGCAAUGACUCUUCCCAGGUUCUCAAUGAAAUCCAAGAAUGCAAGAAAGCUUACCCAAAUGCUUUUAUUCGCUGCUUGGCAUUUGACAAUGUUAAACAGGCGCAGUGCAUGGCCUUCCUCAUUCAGAAACCUGCACCAUAAAAGUUGCUAUCUGUGUUCUCAGUCCCCCUCCCUAAAACUU